AUGACGGAUCGCGGAGGCCUUCAGCAGCAAGAGCGACAGCGAACAGUGCCGAGCUUGCGGCCGCCCAGUACAAUCGUCGCCCCCCGUAUACGAGCGCUCGAAUUUCCUCACCGGGGUGAGUUGGUUUUGCCGGCGUACAGCGCUAAACAGCGUGAUGCUCUAUAUGUGCCAGCCAAAACCAGUCUGCUUCGUUUAUGCGCGACCUCGAAUAUUGCUUUAAACAGGAGUCCGGAAAAUGUCCCGCGUCUGUGUGCCCAGAACCCGAAAUUCACCAACGGACAGCUAUUGAAGUGCGACUGUGGAACGUCGUUCAUAUCGACUUUGUGCGACAGAUGGGAGCUCAUUAUGCAAAUAUAUUCGUGGUAUGAAUAUUCGCAUUCGUGGUACAAAUAUUUUCGUAUGGAUAUGGAUAUACAAGUAUAUUCGUAUAGACAUUCGUAUGGUGUGGAUAUUCGUAUUCGUGGAAGAAAUGCGCGGUUAGUUUUUAGUGCACGAUAUUUUUAUGCGUUUUGUGUAAAAAUGUACACUGUGGGGGCCUUGUCUGAGUCUCGGUGUAUGUUCUGA